AUGUGGCUCGACCGCAUCGCUGGUCACUCGACACCGGAUCGCGGUCUCUCUCCGAUACCCCAGAGAUCAUCCUCAGCCUCUCACCUCUCGCCAAAUCGUCCGAAUAGUCGCCCUGGAAUCAGUCGACCAGGGUCGUCGCUGUCCGCCCUGGUUACUCCUUCUCCAAGCGCCUCGACCACCUCUUUGCCAACAGUCGCACGUGUCCCCGAAGAGUCGACCCUAAAGCAGAAUGCAAUUACAAGCCCACGGCCAUCAGAUGUCGCCGAUCCACUCGAUGUGUUGAAUGGAAUUAUCAAGAAGUACAAUGUAGGGUCUCAGUCCGAGAGCCCCGUGCCGGAAUCGAGCCCAGUGAAGCCAGCACUCUUGGUGGAAGAUAUUGACUUCGAAGGGUUGAGCUUGGAGGACUUUAUACAGAAACCUGAGACAAAAAGAGCGGUAAACGGUGGAAUCGGUCCACAGACAAUUCAACAGUUCGAAAAAGAGAGGGACAAGUACCAGGAGUUGCACUCCGCUAUUUCCGGCUGCGACGAUGUAUCUAAAUCGGUGGAAAUAUACUUGAAUGACUUUCAGAAUGAACUAGGUGUGGUUUCGGCGGAGAUUGAGACACUACAGACGCGAUCCGUUCAGUUGAACGCCAUGCUGGGAAACAGAAGAAAUGUCGAGCGAUUACUUGGCCCCGCGGUGGAGGAGAUCAGUAUCUCCCCAGCCGCUGUACGGAUGAUUGCUGAGGGCCCUAUUGAUGAAAACUGGGUCAAAGCUCUGAACGAAUUUGAGACCAGGACCGCCAGUAUAGACGCCAAGAUCGCCAGCUCUAGUUCUACCAAAGCAAUUGACGACGUACGACCUCUUUUGGAGGAUGUGAAGAAGAAGGCUGUGGAGAGAAUUCGAGAUUAUUUGGUCUCCCAAGUCCGCGCGCUGCGGUCUCCGAACAUCAAUGCUCAAAUCAUCCAGCAACAGCGCUUGGUCAAAUUUAAAGAUUUAUACGGUUACGUGUCACGGGCUCAUCCCACCCUGGCGGCGGAAAUUACCCAGGCGUACAUUAAUACUAUGCGCUGGUAUUAUCUCUCGCACUUCACCCGCUAUCUUCAGGCAUUAUCGAAGAUCAAACUCUACCCCAGUGACAGGAACGAAGUUUUAGGAGGGGAACCCCAUGCCCAAAAAGCCGGUAACAUGGUUCCCGGUAGCCGAGGUGGCGCCGCCGCGCACGAUCCCUUCUCGCUGGGAAGAAGGGUUGAUAUCUUGCGGACCGGUAACCAGAUGGCCAUCUCUUCAUACCUUGCGGAGGAGGACUCCUCUUACCACGGCAUCGAAGUCCCCUUCCGCAACUUCAAUCUCGCAUUGCUGGACAAUGUUUCAGCGGAAUAUUCCUUCAUGACUGAGAUGUUUUCGACCUUGUCUUUCCAACAGAUAUCUCGAAAGGCAUUGGAGGUAUUUAGUUCAGUCUUUUCCCUGGGCCAGGGAUUUGCUAAGCAGCUAAUCGAGAACUCUACGGAUUCACUCGGCGUACUAAUGUGCGUACGAUUGAAUCAACAAGAAGCAUUCGAGCUCCAACGGCGGAAAGUGCCUGUGGCAGAUUCGUAUAUCAACGGAAUCAAUAUGCAAUUGUGGCCUCGAUUCCAAGUAAUCAUGGACACCAAUUGCGAGUCGCUGAAACGGAUUGGCGGGAACACUGGUCGCAGUGCAGUGUCUGCUUUGUCUCUUGCGGGCGGCGACGACCUUAAUCAGUCAUCUGCACCACAUUUCCUCACGCAGCGCUUUGGACAGCUGCUGCACGGUAUCCUCGUGCUCAGCAGCGAAGCAGGCGACGACGAGCCCGUAGCGAAUAGUCUCUCUCGGUUGACCACUGAGUUUGACGGACUCUUAACUAAACUCAGCCGCAUUGGCGGAGACGCGAAGCGACGGGAGCGGUUCCUCUACAACAAUUAUUCAUUGAUCCUGACGAUUAUUAGCGACACCCAAGGCAAGCUAGCAACCGAACAGAAGCAGCACUUUGAUGAAAUGCUGAAGACCGUGGGCCGGCGCAGCUAG